GAAUCAGCAACGGCAGCAGCAGCAGCAGCAGCAGCAGCAGCAGCGGCGGCGGCGGGGCGGCGGCGGCGGCGGCGGCGACGGCGGCAGCAGCGGCGUCGGCGGCAGCAGCAGCAGCAGCGAAUUCUUCUGCAGGAGGUGGAGGUGGAGUGUCAGUGGGAGUCAUCAUUGGCAUUGUUGUUGCUGCUGUGGCUAUUCUCCUACUUCUUGUCGCCACUCUGGUUUACUUCAGGCACAAGUUACAGCCACAAGGCUCCGGCAGCAGCCUGGCAGCCUCGCACUGCACGGAGUUCUCACUGGCGGAGGUCCUCAAGGCCACCAAUGGGUGCUUUGGAGUGCUCAUGUUGGUUAUCUUCACAGGGCGCCCACCAUUUUUAGGGACUGAUGGAGACGGUCAGCAGAUCACUAAAUGGGCAUCAGAGUGCCUCUCCUCGGGAGACAGGGAAAGCCUCAAGGACCCCACCAUGGACGCCCCUGCAGAUGCUGUGCUGCGUGUGGCUCAGCUCGCCCUCUCCUGCACUGCGGAGCGCACUGCAGACCGCCCAAGCAUGCUGCAGGUUGCCAACGAGCUCCAGGCCAUCCGGGAGGAGUGGGUGGGGAAGGAGGAGCUGAGUGCGGCUGUCAAGGUGGAUGCGCAGGUGCAGGAGAUGAAGGACGUUGUCGGCGUGAACAGCCUCAACACCGCACUUCAAAUGAUUGAAGACAACUUGGGUGAAAGUUACCAUAGGUUAUAG